CUCAAUUAUACAACCCAAAUCAACCUUCUACCUCCUCUGAAAUCUCAUCUCAUCAUGUAUCUCCUACCGAUCCUCCUCUCCCUCCUCCCCCUCCUCACCACCGCCAAAACCCCCACUGACAUCCUCACCACGACCUCCAUCUUCACCUCCACCAUCUCCACCCUCCAAGACCUCACCCUCACCUCCUGCCCCCUCAACCACACCAUCCUGAACCUCGAAUACAACCAAACCGCCCUCCCCUCCCCCUCCUCCAACCUCACCCUCAAAUAUGUCGCCCUAGGCCGCGGCAUCCAGAACUACACCUGUCCCUCC